AUGAACGUUACUAGACACAGUCUGAAAUCUCCCAAAAUACCCCUNCUUCCGGGUCAGAUCCAUGCUAUCUGGCAGACCUCACGACAUCAAUCGUCUCUGGUUUCUAGACACCCGAAUGCCUCUUCUGUAGACGAUCAAAAGCGUCAGCCAUCCCAACUACAUCGCAUCUCAACUGUGAACCUCAUCCGGAACAUCGUCCUUGGGAAGGUAUUCACAUCGCCUUUUCUGUUCAAAUAUGGCGUGGCAUGCCUGUCCAAGAUAGCAAACUCGCGAUCAGCAAUCCUGGAUCCAGACAAGAAUGCCCUGUUACGUGCUCUGAUCAAACCGAUGAUAUACGAUCACUUCUGUGCCGGCGCAAAUAAGCUUGAGAUAAAGAAUACUCUGGCUUAUCUCAAGAACAUGGGCUUCAAGGGCGUCAUUCUGAUCUACUCAAAAGAAAUACCCGCGAUGCCAGUAGAAGAACUACAUGAACUAGAACCACUAAUUCAAGAUGAAGAUAUUGAUAUAUGGCGAGAUGGAAACGUGAAGACAUUGAAUAUGGUCGAGCCGGGCGAUUAUGUGGGCAUNAAAGUGAGUUGGAAGAUACCAAUAGUUCCAGCAUCUUACACUAACGAGUGUCCAAGAUUUACAGGUGCAGGACCUCGAGUUGCACAAGCACUGGCACAGGAUAGAGAUCCACCACAGCAACUUCUCGAUGCCAUGUUUGCCAUCUGCGAGCGUGCCGCUGCACAGGGUAGCCGGGUGUGGAUUGAUGCCGAACAGCAAGUCUUUCAAUCCACAAUCGACCGCUGGACUGUCGACAUGAUGCGACGCUACAACACAAAUGGUGAAGCCCUUGUAUCACUGACCCUACAAGCCUAUCUCAAGUCUGCUAGGAGCACUCUCGGAAAGCUAUUGAAACAAGCCCACGACGAGGACUGGACGCUGGGAAUCAAGCUAGUCAGAGGAGCGUAUAUCGGAAGCGAGACCCGGACCUUGAUCCACGACACCAAGAAACAGACAGAUGAAUGCUACGACAGCAUGGCCGCAGAUCUGCUUUCAAAGUCCUUCCCUGGCUUUUCCAAGCAGGAUCUUCCGAACGUCGAACUAUUCCUUGCAGGUCACAACUCAGACUCCAUACGCAAAGCAUACGCCCUGUAUCAAGGUCUUUUGCANAAAGGCGAAACACCUCCUCCCAUCAAGUUUGGUCAACUGCUGGGCAUGGCCGACGAUAUCAGUUGCGAACUGCUAGCCAUGGGCGACAAAGAAGCAGCACAAGCCGCAAAGAACACUGCAGCUCCUAUGGUGUACAAGUGCAUGAAUUGGGGUAGUGUAAGGGAAUGCAUGCACUACCUCGUGCGAAGAGCAACCGAGAAUCAGAGUGCAGCCCAGAGGAUGCAAAGCACUGUAGGCGUCAUGCAAAAGGAACUGCGCAGACGUAUGGGCUUUUAG